AUGGUCUCGAGCCGCAGCAGCAAGGGCUUCUGCGAGGGCGCGCCCUCGUGGACGCCGGCCGCCUACAUCUCCGACCGGGCCCUGCACGACCGGGCGGCCAGCCUGCUCGAGGGCGCCGACGACGUGCGCGCCGCGACGGCCGCCUCGUUCUCGCUGCCCGCGCGCGACAGCUACGUCUACCACGCGCACCUGUCCGUCACGCUCGCCCAGGUCCAGCACGCCGUCUCGCUCGGCGCCGCAAACCACCUGCACGCCUGGUACCGCGACCCGGCCGACCCGGCCCGGCCGGCGCCGCCGCCCCCGCGCGCCGACGUCGACGCCUACCUCGCCAUCUUCGACCCGGCCACGGCCACGGCCAACGCCCUCAAGGCCCUGGCCAGCAACGCAAAGAAGGGCUCGCUCCGCGCCCGUGUCGCCCAGAACCUCCAGGCAAAACGCUUCCUGCACCCGGCCCUCCUCCCGCAGCUCACCAUCCCCAAGCGCAAGCAGACCGCCGCAGCCGCCGCAACAACCCCCGCGAACCCGUACCUCACCUUCCUCGGCUGGGCCUGCCGCAACCUCGAGUGGUGCGGCCCAAACGACCUCUCCGAGACGGCUCCCCCGACGAGCCACCCGGUCCUGCCCUUGCUGAUGCACCACUUUGGCUGCGUCUGCCCGACCUUUGAGAGCCUCGAGAUCAUCCGCGUCCUCGCGGCCGGCCGCGAGGUCAUCGACAUGGGCAGCGGCAGCGGGUACUGGACCUUUAUGCUGCGCCAGCACGGCCUCCCCGGGGGCUGCCACCCCGUGGACAACGCCCAGAGCAGCUGGCGCGUCAUGUGGGUGGACGACACGGAGAUUGCCGACGGCGAAAAGUUCUUGCGGCAGAAGCGCGGCGGGGCCCCCGACGCCGUGCUCCUCCUCGUGUACCCCAUCGUGGGCGGCGGCGUGGCGGGCGGCGAGGAGGGCGGGUUCACGCGCAGCCUGCUCAGGGCGUACACCGGGGACACGCUCGUCGUCGUCGGCACCCAGAAUCGCAACGGGUACACGGGCUUCCGUAGCCAGAGCAUGGACGAGUACAUGGCUCGCGAGCACGGCAGCGAAUGGACAAAGGUGGUACAGAUUCCACUGCCGAGCUUCCCGGGCAAGGAUGAGGCCAUGUUUGUCUUCCAACGCGGCCAGAGGGCCCCGCCGGCCGUCGAGGCCGAGCCGAAGCCUACUCCAUCGUCAUAA